AUGUCACGAACAGUCGUCGGUGCAGUGCGAAUAAAACAAUCGUGUACACAUUUGUUGAGGGAAAACUUGGAGAGGAUUUCCAUCUUGUUUUCGGCCGUGCUGAGUGAAAAGUGCCUGUCGCAGGACAAGCCGGCCGACCAGUCGGUCUUCGACGUGCUAAUAAGCGCGCCCGACAACCCGCAGAGGAGCCUCAGUCCGGAUUUCGUAACUAGGCUGCAGAAAUAUGUAGACGAAAUCUGCGUGGAGGGAUGCACCGGAGCGGUACCCGGAGAGGAUUCCAGCUACGAUUCGGACUACGAAGCGGACGCGGCGCCGGCCGGACACCAGGAUGUCUCGCGCACCACCAGCGACACACUGGCCGCCGAAUACGACGAGUACGUUCAAACGGCGCCGGAAAUAUCGGCCGCAUACACCACCAGGGUCGAAUUCGCCUUGAAGUUGGGCUACACGGAGAAGCUGGUGCAGGCGGCGCUGCAGAAAUUGGGCCCGUCGCCGUCGCAGAACGAACUGCUGGCCGAGCUGAUCAAACUGGGCGCCCAGAAGGGCAGCUCCUGCGACAGCAGCCCCUCCGACGGCGCCUUGGACGUCUCCCCCUUUCACCACGAGCCCGUCGACGGGCCGCAGACGCUGCGACCCAUCGUCGUCGACGGCAGCAACGUCGCCAUGAGUCACGGUAACAAGGAGAUAUUCUCGUGUCGGGGCAUAAAGAUUUGCGUGGAUUGGUUCAAGUCGCGCGGUCACAAAGACAUCACCGUAUUCGUGCCGAAAUGGAGGAAGGAAUCGCCGAGACCGGACAAUCUGAUACGCGACCAAGACAUCCUAGCCGAGCUCGAAAAAGACAGGCUGUUAGUCUUCACCCCAUCUCGAUUAGUCGGCGGCAAGAGGAUGGUGUGCUACGACGAUAGGUACAUAUUAAAAUUAGCCGCGCAAACCGACGGGAUCGUCGUGAGCAACGACAACUACCGCGACCUGUGCCAGGAGAACGCGGAGUUCCGGAAGGUGGUCGAAGAGCGCAUACUGAUGUAUUCGUUCGUCAACGAUCACUUCAUGCCGCCGGACGAUCCGCUCGGUCGAUCGGGCCCCACGUUGGACAGCUUCCUCAAGUGCCAGCAGAAGAAGGGCGAUCCGCCGCCGCCCUGUCCCUACGCCAAAAAAUGCACCUACGGCAACAAGUGCAAGUACCACCAUCCGGAGAGGGGCCCACUGCCGCACAAGAGCGUCACCGAACGAUUAUCCGAGCACGCCCAAAGGCAUCUACAAGCGCGCGAGGGGGACACGCGCAAAACGCCGUUGGGCAGGACGCGUUCGAACGUGCCGCCGCCGAAGGAGCCCCAGCACGCCGUCGUGUCGAAGAGCCGCAGCGUCGAUAACGUGGGCGCUUCGUACGCGCCCCAACCGGCGCCGGACAAUCUGCACAAGAAGCUCCAGCGCCAGUUGACGUUGAAUCCGAACGCUGAUCCCCGAUUGGGCGUGCGCUACGCCGCGCCGGCGCCCGCGCACGGGCAGCAGAUCGCCGUGGGGUACAUGAACGCGCCGCCCGGUUGGGACGUGCACCAGCACGUGACUCGAAUCGCCUCGGCGCCGGAUUCGUACAGGCCUUGGCCGCCGCAGCAGCACCUCCAGCACAGGCAUAUGCAGAGGAUAUCGAGCUGCUCGGAUACGCAGUUGAACGUUUGGCCGGCGGCUUGGUCGCAGGGCGGGUCGCAUCAUUUGGCGAAUUCCUCGGUGCAGGAGGACACGCGCAGGAAGUUGCACUACCAUUUGGCGGCGAUCUUUCCCGAAGAGCAGGUGUCGCAGGCGAUGCAGAUGUAUCCGGACGAGACGAAUCCGCAGAAGAUCUGCGCGGCUAUUUUGUCGAUGUUUCCCAAGUCGUAG